CCGAAUUAUGUGGGCUUUAACAAAACUGAUUAGCUCAGUUUGAUUUUCAUCCUUUAUAAAUUUUAGAAAAACCCUAGCUGUUCUUCGUCUCGCUCCUGGCAGUCGCACAUCUCCUCUGUCUCCGCCGGUUCUCUCUCCGCUGGUAAAGGUAGUUGAUUCGAAAGCCAAUAUGCAGAAUGAGGAAGGAGUUAUCACUGAGCUUUAUAUUCCCAGAAAAUGCUCUGCUACUAACAGGCUGAUAACUUCAAAGGACCAUGCUUCAGUCCAGCUUAACGUUGGACAUCUGGAUGAGAAUGGUGUCUACACCGGCCAGUUCUCUACCUUCGCUCUUUGCGGUUUUGUCCGUGCUCAGGGAGAUGCUGAUAGUGCACUAGACCGACUAUGGCAGAAGAAGAAAGCCGAAGUUCGACAACAGUAGAAACUCCUCUAGGGUUGGAGUCAUCCAAAUCAGUGAUUUCUCUUUUUUUUUUUUUUGGCGUUUCAUGAGAACUGUCUUUAAUUGGCAAGUUUGUUUUUUUGGUUACGGUUUCAAUUCACCUCCUUGUUAACUCUAUUUAAAUUCUUAUACGAUGUGACUUAUGUUUUAUUAUUUAAUGUUUUUUCGUUCUUGA